ACACACACACACAGGACCUGCCCUGUGCUUCCCCGGGGCCACUGGGAUUCUCCCAAGCUCCCUGGGGGCUCUGAUUCCCGCAACCUGAGCCCAACUGAGAGCAGCCUCCAGAUGAGAUGAUAAAGCCUGGACUGCAUAGAAGCCGAGUGGACUCUGAACACUGUAAAACAAUGCGGAGAGCAAAGGAAAGAAAACAAAAACCCAAAGGGACUCCCCCAUCUGUGGUUCCUGCUCUCCAGAAGUUCCUGAAGACAUACCAGAAGCACUGCAUGCAGUCUCAGACGUCCCUGUGUCCCGCCAUCCAAAGGGACCUGAAAAACAGCAUCGACAGAGAGCAGAUCCUCAGGAAGUUUAUGCUUGUAAGAGCUGGCGACUCCACAGCAAGCCACCUGCCUGUUUCCUUAGAGCCUUUGCUCAUGACCAUUCAAGAUGAGAGCUACACUCUGGGGAAGGAGGUCUGCAUCUGGGGCCUUCAGCUGACCAACCCUGAGAUCGCCAGGCUCGCUUUGUUUCUGGAGUCGAAGGGGCAGACCAUUUGCCCAAUUACCACCUUGGAGAUCAUUAAUUGCAAAAUGGAUCUGUGGUCUCUGGGGCGACUCGGGAAAGCUUUGCAGUUCAGCAGUUUACAUUUCCUGGUCCUCGAUUACUGCAAGUUUGGAAAUGAAGAACUCGAGAGUAUCUUCUCAGGGCUGGAGAACAACCAAAGGCUCCAAGGCCUCAGUCUGCGCUACUGUGGCCUGGGACCUCCGAGUGGGCCGAAGCUGGGCUCUGUCAUCAGCCAGAGUGCCAUUUGCGAGCUGCACCUGGAUGGAAAUCAUUUGCAGUGUUCUGGGACUCUGGCCCUCCUCAGACCCAUAGCAGAAUAUGCAGAGAUGGAGGGGAAGGACCAGUCCACCUUAGCAUCACCACACACUGGGAAUCCCCCUCUGCUUCCCCAAGUGUGCCUGGGAGGAAGCUCAGCUUUGAGCCAGAUUGUGAAAUCUUCCGAAGCUGCAACAGUGAAAAGGACCUCACAGAGGGAAAGGGGGAAAAGAGGAAUCGGGAAAAAAGUUAAACGUUUGAUGGAAGCCGGCCCUUGGGUAGUGACGCUGCAUUUGGCAGAUAACAGCAUAGAUAGGACAGGAAAAGAGGGAGAGCAAUUGCUGGACCUCACUCGAACUUUAACAUGCCUGAUCAAAUACUCUACUCACUUAAGGGAAAUUGACCUUGGAAACAAUGUCCUGGGAGAAAUGGCUGCAGUUGACAUCCUGGAAGCGCUGAGAGCCAGGAAGACAGGUAAACUACCACCCUUAAAAAUUACGGUCACUCCCAGGAUCUCUUCAGACACCUUCACAUCUAUUUGGAAACAUAGCAAGAAAUCUAAUAGGACCAGUAAAAGAAAGAAAAAGGUGAAAAACUGAAUACAGAUGCCAUAUUUCCAAAUGGAUGAUGUCACCUAUCUCCAUGGCCAGAGAGACGUAUCUAGAAAGACACUGCUCAGUGUGUGCAAACAUUUUUCGUUGCCAUCUGGGUUCUAAAAUUCAGUAAGACCACAUAGCAAUGCCUAUCCUGUCACACAAAUCAGCUUCUUUUUUCUCUUUUAGUUUUUCCAGGCAGGGUUUCCCUAUGUAGCCCUGGCUAUCCUGGAACUCUGUAAACCAGCCUGGCCUCAAACUCACAACAAUCCACCUGCCUCUUCCUCCUGAGUGCUGGGAUUAAAGAUGUGCGCCACCACCGCCUGGCGCACAUCAGUUUCUAAAUUAUAGAUUUCAUUCUGUCCCUGCUGCCACUAAAUCACCAGGAGGAGGCCAAGGUUUCACCGGUAGCAUCAUGACUAAGGAAGUCAUUGCUGCUGGAUACCCCCUUAUCUGAAAUGGCCUAGGAUGAGGAAAAAGCUACCAUGCCCAACUUUCUCAGUGACACCCAACUGUGAUAAGUCUGUCCGUGUCAAGAUGGUGGAGCCCCCUGUGCUGGGCACCCACUUGGCUGAAGGUUGAUAACACCAAGAAGCAGAUGAGGAGUAGGCAUCUGCAAAACUGAUGAUGGGAAAAUGCAAAAAGUGUUGGUUGUGAAAGUGUAGUAGGCUAAGGACUGGUGAAACAGGCCUAAACUCAUAGACCCUAAGGCUUUUCGACCUAGUGUGGUGGUACAGGCCUGUGAUCCCAGCAAUUGGGAGAUGUAGUGAGUUUAAAGCCAGCCCCAGCUAUACAGGGAGUUCAAGGCCAUCCUGGGCUACAUGAGACCCUGUCUCAACAACAACAAUAAAUAAAUAAAAUAAAAAUAAUACUUUUUUUAAAACAAGAAAGAAAGCUGAGCCUCUUUGGUCUUAGCAGCAGAAGUAAGAUGGAUGACAAGAGAAUGUUUUGGUUAAAAAAAAAAAACAAGCUGGACAUGGCAACGCAUUUCUGUAAUCCCAACACUGGAGAGGCAGGAGGAUUGCUGCAAGUCCAAAGCCAGCCUCGCCUAUGAGGCUGCACACCAAGCCUCCACAGGAAGAACACAGAAUUAAGCUUGGCCCAGGAAGCCCGUGCUGGGGUCACCUGGUGCCGGUGGAGGAGACUGCAGCACAGGAAGCCUUCCCAGGACUCACUGAGUCACAUUUCCUGACCUCUGCAUCAUCAGGUUCAGAACUGUAGCGCUGCUACAGAAUGGACAGAGAAAAACCAGGAGCUGUUCUUGCCCCCAGUGUGGCCCAAUAGUAAAUAAACCCAUCUUCCCUUA